GGAAAUGACCUAAUGGGAAUACAAGCAUUGCAAAAAGAAUUCCAACGGCUUGGUCAAAUCGCUGCACAGGGAUGCAGUCCUACUGCGAGCCGAUCACCUACGCAUUUGUUCGACCAAAGAGCUGCUCUUUUUGGUUGCCCUCGAAUCUCAAUCACUGAUGAACACAAUCGUAGCCUCGCACCGGGUUCAAGUUCAUUUGACCCAGUUAACAUUUCUUUGAAGGUUAAUGAAGUGGUAUUUGGACAGCGACCAGCAACGGUGAUUGGAUUCGCAUCGACUUCGAAAUCUGGGACGUCUUCUCCAGAGCAAAAUGUCAAGACCGAAGAUAGGGACAACAACCUGGAUGAUCGAGUGAAGAGCUUUGUUUCGACACUUCCCUUAGUCGAUGUGGUGCAGGAGUUGAAGAAUUGUUUGAACGAAAUGCAGAUCCGAUUCGAAGAGACAAAUGAAGUAGUCUACAUGGAUCAAGAAAUGCGUCGUUUAUCUCUCUCCACUGGUGUUGAAAUCGGUUGCGCAACUCUUCCACCGGAGCAGAAAUCUCAUGUCGAAUUUGCAAUCGUUGCUGGUGAUUCUCCGACUAGCGAAAUGCUCUGCGAUGAGCUCAUAUCGAGGCUCAGGGUGCUAGACCCCACUGCAUCAUCUGAAUGA